AGAAACCUGCGAAGCCGUGCGUUCACACGCCGGAAGGAGUCCGCUCCACGAGGUUUUAGGAGCGAGGGGCGCGGAGUCUGAGUUACCCGUGCAGUGGUCAGCGGGAUGCCUAAGGCCAAGGGGAAGACCCGGAGGCAGAAGUUCGGUUACAACGUUAACCGGAAGCGCCUGAACCGGAAUGCGCGACGGAAGGCAGCCCCGCGGAUCGAGUGCUCCCACAUCCGACAUGCCUGGGACCACGCCAAAUCCGUGCGGCAGAACCUGGCCGAGAUGGGGUUGGCCAUGGACCCCAACAAGGCGGUGCCCCUCCGUAAGAGAAAGGUCAAGGCCAUGGAGGUGGACGUGGAGGAGAGGCCUCAGGAGCUCGUGCGAAAGCCCUAUGUGCUGAAUGACCUGGAGACAGAAGCCAGCCUCCCAGAAAAGAAGGGAAACACACUGUCUCGGGACCUCAUAGACUACGUGCGCUACAUGGUGGAGAACCACGGGGAGGACUACAAGGCUAUGGCCCGGGACGAGAAGAAUUACUACCAAGACACCCCGAAACAGAUCCGGAGUAAGAUCAACGUCUACAAGCGUUUCUACCCAGCGGAGUGGCAGGCCUUCACCGACUCUUUGCAGAAGAGCAAGAUGGAGGUGGAGUGACUGGUUCGUGCCUGCCCCAGGCCGCAGCCUCUCCCGGACCCGAGGAGCUGGAGCCGGGUUAAGGCAAGGACAGGUGUGUGGCCGCAGGUGAGGCCGGCCCAACCCCAUGCUCCGGGCCAGGCCUGCCUGGUCUGGGGGACACGAGGGAGUGACUCUCCGCAGCAGGACCACGGGCAGGGUGUGGCGUGGGCACUGGGCCCUUUCUUAGCCUGGAAUACUUUAUCCUCAGCUGUCAAUACACAAGUCCCCUGCUCCUAAGGUUUCUCCU